AUGGACUGGUACUCUUUACUCAAGGCAGCUGUAUUCUUCUCACUUGCAAUAAUUGGCAUACCAGCCAACGUUGCCAUUUUGGUUGCUUUGGGAUCUCUUUGGGUUUCUGGAGUCAAGUUUGGUCCAAAUGAGAAGAUCUUAUCAGCACUGGCACUUACUAACACGAUCCUGAUAAUGACUCGAGGGCUUCCAUAUAGUCUCUUUGUUGUCGGAGCAGCUACAUUUUUCAAAGACACCGCAUGCAGUGUUAUUGUCUACAUUUCUAGACUUUCUCGGGCUAUGACUUUCAGUUUAAGUUCCUUGCUCAGUGGUUACCAAUUUCUGGUGAUGAAAUCACCGCAUCCUACUUGGACUGUAUGUCGUCUGAAAGUCUCUAAAAUGCUGGGACUCAUUAUGUUCACUAUGAUCCUUCCAAAUCUUGGAAUUUGUUUUUGUUCAGUUCUGUACAGCAGGCAUGCUAGUAACACAACUGGACAGGAAUACACAUACUAUCUGGGCUACUGCAUUGUACGCUUCCCUGAUCAGGCUACUUUCCUUGGCUUUGGAAUUGCCAGUGUCAUUCGUGAUCUGGUGUUUGUCAUCUUCAUGGCUACAACAAGUACUGCAAUUCUGCUGCUACUGUACAGACAUCAAAGAAAAAUUAAACAGAUGUCUGUGUCCGGUUUCAACACGUUAAGAGAGAUUAAAGCAGCUAAAAUUGUUAUUGCCUUGGUUGUCAGUGACAUCCUGUUUCUAGGCGCUGAAAACACAAUAUUCCUGUACAUACUAACCGGCAAGACAGUAAGCCCUUAUGCUGUAGAUGUGAGAUUUUUCUUUUCAACUUGCUAUGCUACUGUUUUUCCAAUUAUUAUUCUCAAGACUAACAACAAUAUCAAAGAAAUUUUGACAUGCAAAAAAAAAAGUGAGAAUAGCUCUCCAGAAAGCACCGAGUCGAGACUGUAA